CAACUUAAUCCACUUCCUCCCCUCUUCUUCUUCACAUUUACAUGCACAAGCUGCUGCAUUAGUCUCUCCCUCUUUUUCCUUCUCUAAAUUAUACAUACAACCAGUUUCAAAAGGGUUAGAUAUAUAGAUAUUAUUCAUGGCAGGUGGAGGUUUCUCGGCCGCGUCGGCCGGAGGAGCUGAGUUCGAGGCUAAGAUAACGCCGAUCGUCAUCAUUUCCUGCAUAAUGGCUGCUACUGGUGGUCUCAUGUUUGGUUACGAUGUCGGUGUUUCAGGGGGUGUUACAUCUAUGCCUGAUUUCUUGAAAAAAUUCUUCCCAACUGUGUAUUACAAGACCAAUGAUCCAACGAUCAAUAGUAACUAUUGCAAGUACGACAAUCAAGGAUUGCAAUUGUUCACAUCGUCGCUUUACUUGGCUGGCUUAGUUGCAACUUUCUUUGCAUCUUACACCACUAGAAAGCUAGGCAGGAGGCCAACCAUGUUGAUUGCUGGCCUUUUCUUUAUCGUUGGCGUCGUUCUUAACGCCGCUGCUCAAGACCUUGCCAUGCUCAUCAUUGGCAGGGUUUUACUGGGUUGUGGAGUUGGUUUUGCUAACCAGGCUGUGCCCCUGUUCCUAUCGGAGAUAGCACCCACAAGAAUACGUGGAGGCCUAAACAUACUCUUCCAGCUUAAUGUCACCAUUGGAAUCCUUUUUGCUAGCCUUGUCAACUACGGCACUGCAAAAAUCACAGAUGGAUGGGGUUGGAGACUAUCACUUGGACUGGCUGGCAUUCCUGCACUUCUCUUGACCGUAGGGGCUCUCCUGGUAUCAGAAACUCCAAACAGUCUCAUUGAGCGUGGUCGCCUGGAUGAAGGAAAAGCUGUUCUGAGAAGGAUUAGGGGCACGGAUAAGAUUGAACCAGAGUUCUUGGAGCUUGUUGAGGCAAGCCGUGCAGCAAAAGCAGUGAAACAUCCCUUCAGGAAUCUCAUGAAGCGAAGGAACCGCCCCCAGCUGGUUAUUGCAGUAGCCUUGCAGAUCUUCCAGCAGUUCACAGGGAUCAAUGCAAUCAUGUUCUAUGCUCCUGUCCUAUUCGACACAGUAGGAUUUGGCAGCGAUGCUGCACUCUAUUCAGCUGUUAUAACUGGUGCUGUCAAUGUUGUUUCCACUGUUGUAUCCAUCUACUCGGUGGACAAACUGGGCCGUCGAGUACUCUUAUUGGAAGCUGGCAUCCAAAUGUUCAUCUCGCAAGUGAUAAUUGCAAUAAUACUAGGGAUCAAGGUCACGGACCACUCUGAUGACCUUUCAAAAGCAUUCGCAAUUAUAGUUGUUGUUAUGGUUUGCGGCUUUGUUUCUGCCUUUGCUUGGUCUUGGGGACCUCUUGGAUGGCUAAUCCCAAGUGAAACUUUCCCAUUGGAGACUCGCUCAGCUGGCCAAAGUGUGACCGUUUGUGUCAACUUGCUCUUCACUUUUGUUAUAGCACAAGCCUUCCUCUCCAUGCUCUGCCAUUUCAAGUUCGGUAUCUUCUUGUUCUUCUCUGGUUGGGUGCUUAUCAUGUCAUUUUUCGUAUUUUUCCUGUUACCGGAGACCAAAAAUGUACCGAUUGAAGAGAUGACAGAGAGAGUGUGGAAGCAGCAUUGGUUCUGGAAGAGAUUUAUGGAUGAUUAUGAGGAUGGAGCAAUUGAAAUGAAUGGGCAGAAGGCAUCCAAAAAAAAUGGGCAUAAGAAUGGAUUUGAUCCAGUUACCCAGUUGUAAAUUUGAGAGAAAGUUUAAGAAGAUUGAUGUACUAAAGAGAUAUAGAAGAUAUGGAAUAGGUAUUAGGUCACAUAUUAUUUUGCCAAUACCAUGUUGUCUACGAUAUGAUUUUGAAGGAAUUAAGUAAAUCUCUGUUUCUCUAGGGCUGGGCAUCCUCUGAUUCCAACUUAUCCAAGUAUUAUUACAAUUAGAUUUUCACCUGUAUUGAGCUCUAAUUUUUAUGUUAAUUGGCCAGGCCAGGCCAGAUUGAACAGUUUCUUUUCUAA